UUCCUCCAAUUAGAGCAAGAAACGGCUGUGCAGCUGUCGUUCGAAGGUUGUUACAAAGUUCUUUUAUUACAGUUACUCGGUUGCAUUCUUUAACGAAGAGUCUGCUUGCUCCCCUUACACAUUUUGAAACAAAGAAAAUACGGCAGAUUCUGCUGCAGAAGUUUUUACUUUUUGCAAACUGCCCUGCCAUUCCUGCCGGCAUUGCUGGGCCCAGCAAGGCCUCGAUGGAAAUCUUACGCACUCGGCUGAUUCCACUUUCUCUGCUCCGUGCCGCCUCCACGGGGGCGUUUCAGAUCAAGGAACCGUUCAACUACCGACACGGAGGCCGGGUGCAGCCGUGUGCAGGCGGAGGGGACAGCAAGCGGGAGCAAGUGCAUGAGCCCGCCACAGGUCGUGUGAUAUGUGACUUCGUUUGUUCAGGGGAACAGGAGGUUGAUCUGGCGGUGCAGAGCGCCAGGGAAGCAUACACAGCUUGGAGUCAACUCUCAGGGUUAGAGAGAAGUCGCAUCUUACUAGAAGCUGCAAGACUCAUAAGGGAACAAAGGGAAGAUAUUGCGAUUGUAGAAUCCAUCAACACCGGAAAGCCCAUAACCGAGUCCAGGACUGACGUAGACACAGCAUGGCAGGCUGUGGAAUAUUUUGCUGGCAUUGCUGGAACACUAGCUGGCCAGCACAUUCAGCUGUCUGGAGGAUCAUUUGCUUACACCAGAAGGGAGCCCCUGGGUGUGUGCGUGGGGAUUGGGGCCUGGAAUUACCCGUUUCAAAUUGCCUGCUGGAAGUCAGCCCCAGCGCUGGCUUGUGGAAAUGCCAUGGUUUUCAAGCCUUCGCCCCUGACCCCGCUGACUGCGGUGAUGCUGGCUGAGAUCUACACUCAAGCUGGAGUGCCGAAUGGCCUGUUCAACGUAGUCCAAGGAGCAGUGGAAACCGGAAACCUCCUCUGUAGGCACGAGGGUGUGGCCAAAGUCUCUUUUACUGGUAGUGUGCCAACUGGGAUCAAGAUUAUGGAAGCAGCAGCAAAAAGUAUCAAGCAUGUCACCCUGGAGCUGGGUGGGAAAUCUCCGCUCAUUAUUUUCUCUGACUGUGACUUGGAGAAUGCUGUGAAAGGUGCUUUGCUGGCUAAUUUUUUGAGUCAGGGAGAGGUGUGCAGCAAUGGCACCAGGGUGUUUGUACAGAAAGACAUACUGACACCAUUUUUGGAGAAAGUACUGGCAAAGACAAAAACAAUAAAACUCGGAGAUCCCCUGCUUGAAGAUACUCGAAUGGGAGCACUCAUUAGUCGGCCUCACCUGGAUCGAGUGUUGUCCUACAUCAAGCAGGCCAAGGAGCAGGGUGCUAACGUUUUGUGUGGUGGUGACUUGUUUGUUCCUGAUGAUCCAAAGCUGAAAGAUGGAUAUUUCAUGAAGCCGUGUAUUUUAGGAGACUGUAGAGAUGAGAUGACAUGUGUUAAGGAGGAGAUAUUUGGACCUGUUAUGUCAAUACUGCUAUUUCAUACCGAGGAGGAGGUUAUAGAGAGAGCAAAUAACACGAAACUUGGUUUGGCAGCUGGCGUAUUCACCAGAGAUUUGACUCGCGCUCAUCGAAUGGCAGCUGCUUUGGAAGCAGGAACAUGUUUCAUAAACAACUACAAUGUCAGCCCAAUUGAGAUGCCUUUUGGAGGAUAUAAAAUGUCAGGAUUUGGGAAGGAGAAUGGAAUAGCAACAAUCGAAUAUUAUACACAGCUAAAGAGUGUGUAUGUGGAAAUGGGAGAGCCAGAAUGUCCAUUCUAAGCUGCUACAUUCUUGUCUCUUCCUAAAUUCAAUCUGUUUCUAAUGGUAUAAAACAAUUCAAGCUAAUGAAAAGUUAAUUGCCAAAUGACAUUUCAGCUCUGCUCUUGUUUUGCAGUUAAAUAGUUCAAACUGGGUUUUGUUCAGUUUGUUAUUUGGAUCCACUAAAACUUUGCAUCCCACAACAUUUACUAAUAAUUUCUUAAGAUUGAUUAAUCCAUUUUUAUGUAUUUUAACUAUUACUCAUCUACAUUAAGACAUUGAACAAACUCUGCUUAAAUUCUAAAACCAGCAGAAGUACUGACAUCACCCUUGCACUGCCUUGGGCUGUUUGGUCGCUUGAUAAGCCAUGGACAACUAUAGUAAAGUGGGAAAUCUUUGAAAUAUUAGCAUUGUGAUAGUAAGCAAGUGCAGACGCCACUCAUGUGUUACAGAAGAAGUCAAGAGGGCAUGAUAAAAUUGUAGGAGACGUCAGGCCGCAAGAUCCUCAAAGUGAUAUCCGGCUCAGGAUUCCCUUGUGAACUUUCUAGUUGUCUCAUGGUGUUAAGGCUUCGACUAACUUGUAAUUCUUCAGUACUUCUGCUGUGGAAUCUUAUUGGGCCUAAACUUGUACAGGAUCAACAAUGCGGAAACUGAAAUCACAACUAGUACAGGCCCUCCCCACGCAUCCAACUGAUGUAUACCUUAUACAUGCAAACAGCUGUUUGGGGGAAAUAUCAGGAUGAUCUUGAUGGGUGGGAGCUGAACUAGUGGCCACAUUUCCAACUUGUGAACACUUUGCAUUACAAACCGUUCUCUCAGGUCUGGAAACUUGGGAGAACCUGUACUAACAAAUUAAAGACAAUUGUGUAACUAAUUUGAAUAAAAUGGUGAAUUAAUUGUUUCUGAA